AUGUGUGUGCAUCUCUUCUGCUUUCUCCUCUAUCUCAGCAAUGUCUUCCCUUUUUUCAUGGACUUCAUCCCUGGACUUCAUCAUAGAGUGUUGUCCAACAAUAUAAAAGCCUCAGAGUUUGUUUUAGAAGAAGCUAAGGAACAUGAGGCUACCUUGGACCCCAGCUCACCUCGGGAUUUUAUUGAUUGCUUCUAUAUUAAAAUAGAUCAGGACAAAGAUAAUGAUAAAUUGGAGUUCAUCAUUGAGAACCUGGCUAUCUGCGUGCUUGACUUAUUUGGAGCAGGAACAGAAACCACCAGUACCACUCUCAGAUAUGUGCUCCUGAUCCUCCAGAAAUACCCAAAGAUAGAAGUUUAA